AAUUGAAGAAACUGCUUUGGGAUCUAGCUUGGAGCUACAACACUAGAGAUUACGAAGAGAGAUUGGAGAGGAUUCACGCAUAUGAUAGCAAGGUCUAUGAAGAUGUCAUGAAGACUAAACCAAAGACAUGGUGUAGGGCAUUCCACAAGAUUGGCAGCUAUUGUGAGGAUGUUGAAAACAACUCAGUGGAGUCUUUCAACAAUACAAUCAACAAGGCGAGAGAGAAACCAUUUGUGGCUAUGUUGGAGACUGUUAGAAGGCUUGCCAUGGUUCGAAUUGCUAAACGGUCUGCUAUUUCUUAUUCACAUGAAGGAUUAUGCACUCCUUAUGUGACCCGUUUCCUUGCUGAUGAGCAUAAGGCAGCUUCUACAUGCUUUGUAUCUCCCAGCACAAAUGGAGCGUAUGAAGUUUACUUGGGAUACGAUAAACACCGAGUUUGUUUAAAUGCCAGAACUUGUACCUGCAUGAAGUUUCAGAUUUGUGGAAUCCCAUGCGAACAUGCUUACGGACUGAUGAUCAAGAAGACAUUGGUAGCUGAAGACUAUGUGUGUGAAUGGUUCAGAACUGCUAAGUGGAGACAGAACUACACAGACGGGCUUGUUCCACAAAGAGGUCCACGCUUUUGGCCUUCCACUGGGGGUGAGAAUGUGUAUCCACCUCCAAAGCCGGACGAUGAGAAGAUCGACAAGAAGAGGAAGAAAGGUGUUAAUGAGUCACCUACCAAGAAGCAACCAAAGCAAAAGAAAAGAAUCAUGCAUUGUGGGAUUUGUGGUGCAGCUGAUCAUAACUGUAGGUACCACCAGAAGAAGAAGAAUAAGAAGAAUACAACACAAGUGGAAUCUUCUCAAGGUUGUCUCACUCAAGAGAAAUAAUGUGGGAUGGAGGAUUAGCAUAAGUAGGACUGUUUUUUUUUUGGUUUUAUGACCUGUUUCAGAACAUAUCUUGUUUUGCCUUAGUAUGGUCAAGUCCAA